UCCAAUCGAGGCGUAAGGGGAGGGGAGGGCGGUUAGACGGAGGACUGGCUGUUGGUCUCUCAUGUCCGGGAGGAGGAGAGAAAGGAAGGGGAAAGAAGGAAAGGCCCGGAUGCUGCCGCUGUGUGAGGCGGAGCGGGCCGGAGUUGUUUCGCGCGGCGGCGGCGGCAGGGAUUGACCGGGACGGCUUGAGAAGGGUCCCUUCAGGUCGCCGCCCGCAAAAUGGAGGUGGAAGGGCUGGCUGUGUCGCCGUCGGGGGCGGCGUGAGGCGGCGGCCGGGGCACGAGGCGGCGUGUCGGUCUGAGGCAGCGAGGAGCGCUGAGGCGAGGCGAGGAGCGAUGAUGUCGGUAUACGGGGUGCUGCUGUCGGCUUUGUUCGGCUCCUGCCUCACGUUGCUUAUUCAGCUCCUGCUGCUCUAUCGGAAGAAGCCCGAGCCCCCCGAGGGGUCGUCCCAGCCGGCCGGCUCCAGCCCCUUCACCGCCAGGGUGCUGCCGGACUCCAGCCUCAAGGACUAUUUCGCCGGCUACGUGGGACACGAGGCCCCUGCGACUGGCGGCUCGACUCCUAACCAGUCCCCUACCCGGUCGGAGCAGGGCUGUAAACAGCAGCUGCCCGCACAGUCCCAGGAGCCCUCUGUGGAGUCCACUGAGGAGACCCUCUACUGGCUCAAUGCCGUCUGCCUCUUUCUCUUCAGGGAGCUCAGGGAUACUUCCCUGGUCAGGCACUGGGUCACUAGGAAGAUCAAGGUGGAAUUUGAAGAGCUGCUCCAGACUAAAAUGACAGGCAAGGUGCUGGAAGGGCUCAGCCUGAGGGAUGUCUCGCUGGGGGAUGUGGUGCCCCUCUUCAAGAACAUCAAGCUGCUACGGCCGGUGGUCUGCAACGAGGAAGGUUGCCCCGAGGAACUGGACUUUGAGGUCGACCUGGAAUACAGUGGUGGCUUCCACUUGGCCAUUGAUGCUGACCUGGUCUUUGGCAAGUCAGCCUACCUCUUUGUCAAAAUCUCCAAAAUAGCGGGUCGGUUAAGACUGGUUUUCACCCGUUUGCCUUUCACUCACUGGUCCUUCACCUUUGUGGAUGAACCUCUCAUCGGCUUUGAUGUCAAGUCCCAAUUUGAAGGCCGACCCCUGCCACAACUUACUUCCAUCAUUGUCAAUCAGUUCAAGAAGGUUAUUAGGCGCAAGCAUACCUUGCCUCACUAUAAAAUCAGGUUCAAGCCAUUCUUUCCAUUUCAAGUUGUGCCACCAGAAGAAUAUAGAGACCGUAAUCUCAAUAUACAAGAUUUCUCAUUAGCAGAAGGCCGACUGAAAGUGUCCUUAAUAGAAUGUUCAAGAUUCCUUAUCUUUGGAUCUUAUGAGCGGGAAACAACAGUUCAUUGCACACUUGAACUGAGCAGUAAUGUCUGGGAAGAAAAACAGAGAACUUCCAUCAAGAUGGCAGAGCUAAUUAAAGGAAAUAUGCCAAGUGUUGGGCUCACUCUCCGCCAAGUACAUGCUAAGGAAGGAGAAGCAGGACACGUUGUUAUUGAGAGUGUCACUCCAAACUCACCUGCUGCAGUUGCUGAUCUACAAAGAGGAGAUAGGCUUAUAUCUAUUGGAGGAGUAAAGAUUACAUCAUCAAUUCAAGUGCUAAAGCUUAUCAAACAGGCCGGUGAGAGAGUAGUGGUAUGUUAUGAAAGGCCUGUUGGCUAUAGUCAGCAGAAUCCAUUAGCACAAGAUAAUUUUGUUCAGUUGGAAGACACCACAUUUGCAGAUGAAGACCCAAGUUCCACAACAGAAUCUGAGACUGCAGAGUUGGAUUUACAGUAUGAGGAGCUGGCAAUUGUGCUAAGAUCUCAUGACUCCAGAGAUGAUUUUUCAACAAGUCCCAAACAUACAUCCAUAUCAGCCACUACUAAGUCUACUGGAACUGUUUCUCCGAUACUGAAUCGCAAGUUAUGUUCAGGAAACCAGUCUUCUGGAAAAGCAGUUCCCAAGGAUACAACCAAACAAGUGACUUCGAAGAAUACUGACAGUCUGGAUGUAAGCCUGCAAACCAGUAAACAUCCUCAGUCUGGUACAGCAAAACCCCCUGUACCACCGAGACCACAGCUUAAAACAGUGUGUCCUGCUGAAAAUCAAAAUACGCUAGAAACUGGUGAUUUAUCUUCUGAAAAACCCGAAAGGCCCCCACCUCCUGCAAAUAAUGGAGACAAAUUCUCAGAAAAGCUAACAAAAAAUACAGAUGUAGUAGAAGAAGCUACAGGAGCCAAACAAACUCCUGUUACAAACAAACAAGAAGUAGUCCGGGAAUGUACAGACGAUUUGCAGAGUCCUAAGGAAAACACAGAUAACCAUAAUUCAUGGGAAUCAUCAGAAAUUCCUUAUCGUAAUCGAUCAGGUAAAUGGGCAAGGACAAAGGCCUCUUCUUGCAUAUUUGAAGUAGAAAAACACCAUAAAUAUCUAAAUGUUGCCAUUUGGUGUAGAGACCCCUUCAAAUUAGGCGGACUUCUUUGUCUAGGACAUGAAAGCUUGAAACUUGAAGAAAUAGCUCUAGAUUGUAUAGCUACAUCCUCUAUGGAAUUCAUCAGGACAAUUAGACUUAAUCCUCCUGCACCAAAAGCCACAGUAACUAGAACUGCAUUGCGCAAUUUGAUUUCACACAAAGGUUUUAAUGAGAAGUUUUGUUAUGGUGAUAUUACUGUGCAUUUUAAAUAUUUAAGAGAAGGUGAACCAGAAGACUCAAGUUUUCUAAUGGAAAAGGAAAGGGAACAUAUUUCAGAAACAGCAGCUGUUCCCAUUCUCCUAAAAGAGGAUCCUUAUUUGGGGCACAUAACAUACAUUGAAAACAGGCAUCAGUUUCAAGAUACCCAGUUUCAGAAUCCAACUUGGUGUGACUACUGCAAAAAGAAAGUUUGGACAAAAGCAGCAUCACAGUGCAGAAUUUGUGCAUAUGUAUGCCACAAAAAAUGUCAAGAAAAAUGUCUAACUGACACCCCAUAUUGUUUAGGACCUUCCAGGCGACUUGACGGACGUUCUUUUAAAAUUGAAAGUCAGGAUUCUCACUCCAUACCAUCAUCACCUCGUACUGAUGCAGAACUGAAAUCUGCAAACAAACCAACAGGCUUAACAAGACAUAUUAUAAAUACAAGCACUCGUUUGUUAAAUCUUCGUCAAGUUCCUAAAACACGACUUACAGAGCCAGGAUCAGAUACAAUUGAACCAUCACCAAAACACACGCCACAUACUUCUGAUAAUGAAGGCAGUGAUACAGAAACUGGUGGUCCAAGUAGCCCUUCCAAACAAGCAGCUGGUACUGGGAUAAAAUUAGCAAGAAAAGAAGGAGGACUAGAUGAUAGCGUUUUCAUUGCUGUUAAAGAAAUUGGCCGAGACCUCUAUAGAAGCUUGCCAACAGAAGAAAGAAUUCAAAAAUUGGAAGUUAUGUUGGAAAAACUGCAAAAUGAAAUAGACCAGGAAUUGGAGAAUAAUAAUUCCCUCAUUAGAGAAGAGAAAGAAUCAACAGAUACAAGGAAAAAAAUGCUGUUUUCUGCUGCAUUGGCUAAAUCUGGUGAAAGACUACAAGCCCUAACUCUCCUUAUGAUUCACUACAGAGCUGGCAUUGAAGAUAUAGAAGCCUUGGAAAAUACAAGUUUAGAGCUGGAAUGUAGAAAAGCAGAUAAGUAUGAAAAUGACAAUAUUUUAACAGAAGAAAUAGAUCAAGAAGAUGAAAGCAAUGUAGCGAUGCCUCCAAUACUUGAAACCCUGUUAGAAGGCCAGGAAACAGUUGAUACACCUCAUGAAUCUGUAGACUGAAAUUUGCACAUUUGACAUUGGGAAUGAUAAGCUGAGAAAAUACUUUGCACUUAAUCAAAAUCACAUCAAAUUCAUCAAAAUAUAAUUAAAAACUUGGUAUAAUGUACACAGACUAUUUCUCCACAUUUUUACCUGUGUAAGAGUAUGGUCAAGAGUGUUAUUUUGAGCUGCCGAACCACUACUACUUUUUUUCUAUUAGUUGAUCAAAUUGUGUUAAGCAAACAUUUUAGAAAUUUAUACUGGGAGAUUAUUUUUAACUUACUUGAACCUUUUCUAGUUACAUAUUCCUAACAUUUCAUGCUAUUAUGGGAUUGGGUUUUUGUUGUUUUUGUUAUGUCAUUAUAAAGUUAAAUUCUUUGAAUUCCUUCUGUCUGCUUAAAUGAAUAUCUUCAUAGCAGCAACUGAGAAAACAUGUUCUGCUUUGUUUGUAUUUUAUUAUUUGGCUCAUUCACGUAAGGGGUUUUUUUUUAGUGGUAGUGGAAAAAGGUUUCUUUGUUCAUUUGCCAAUCAUGCACUAUGGAAGCAACAAGACAUUUUCAGUUAUUUAGUAAAGUUAUUACGUAUCAAGAUGCUAGCUUUCUAUAAGUUUUUUUCCGUCAAAUAUUUUGAAAAGGGCCAUGCUCAAACAACUUUGUUUUUUUAAUGCCUAGUGGGGUAAUGAAGUGGGAUGAGUUUCUAAUGCAUAUCUAGUUUAACGUUCUUGGAACAGCCUUUUCAACAUGCUCAAGUAUUUUUUUCUUACAACUCAUGGAUAUUAGUUUUGCUGAAACAUAAUUUAAACCAAUAUUGCUUAGCAGUUUACUGGGAAUAUGCCAGUAAAAUAUCUGUGCAGCUGCAAAACAGAUGGAAGCCUUAUAUUGUAAAUAUCAGCCCUGUUAAUGCUUAUAUACCCUUUUAGAGAAACUGCAGUUGUACUUUUUCUGUUACUUAAGCAUUUGCUGCAGAAUCUACAAAAAGGGUAAUACUUUAAACAGGAUUGUUUAAAUUAAUUCAAGUUUCCAACAGUUUUGAUGCCAUCCUACCCAGGAAAAAUUGUGGGUGAAGUGCUGAACAUUUUUAUACAGCAUGAAGUAUUUUUUCCUUGAUAACAAACUCAACAUAAAUUAACAACUUCACCAGCUUCAUUUGAACAAGCCACGGCUUGUCUGAUGUGAAAUUGUUUUGGGUUUGCAAUCAGUAUCUUGAGGCUUCAUCUUCCAAAAGCAUAUUCACCAUUUUAGAUGUCGUACAAUAUUACCAAAUGAAGCAAAGGUGCCCAUGUAGAAAUGGGUAAUGCUAGCACAAUUAAAUCAAUCUUACUUCAAUUGACAAGCUCAUGUUACUGUGUUAAAUCUAGUUUUUAUUUACCGUGGGAUACAAAAAAUGUUUUUAAACUUACAAAUAACCUUUUCUCACUUUUUACAUAACCUAGCGGAAUAAUAGCUAAAUAAAGAACGUAAUCUAUGCUCAAAAUGAUAACAAUUCUACACUUUUUAAAAAUUCUGCUUAGGUACAUAGAUCAUAUCUUCCAGCAUUGUCAACACAAUGUCUAAUGACUCUCCAACUGAGAGUUUAUUUUCUAAGUUGCUUACCAGCAGAAGUAAUCUGGGAUAAAAUCUUUCUCAGUGUUUAGUUUGUUCCCAGGUCUUUAAACACUUCUUGAUGUGAAGAAGCAACUGCAAAAAUAAUGUAGGUGUUAGGUUUUCAAAAAUGACAUCCUAUGGUUUAUAAGUUAAUGAAAUGAUUAAGAAAGGUUGGGUAUCAAGCUCUACUAUGAUUGUAUAAUAUAAAUUAAAUGUAGUGCAAUAUUCUAAAUGUUGCGUGGGAAUGGGGGCAAAAUAAGUGUAAGGUAGCAUUAAGGAAAAUACAAAACAUAAUAACACUGAUCUUGAGAGGCUGUACUAACUCAUUCCUAAUAUAUUCUUUGCUUCUGUGCUUUACUGUACAUAGCUAAAAUUUAAAAAAUACCACUGAAAGCAAGAGUAUCUUGAUGUAGUGGUAUGUAACUAUUUGAUAGUUGCACAUAUUUAUGGGAAAUCUGCUGAGAUGAUUGUCAGAUAUGACUUUAUCAUGAAAACAAGCUUUAAUAAAACCAUUUUUUUAUAAAUUCUCA